AUGGUGUACGUCCGCCAGGAGUAUUUGCCGAACUUACGGCAGUACAAGUACUCGGGCGUCGACCACUCGCUGCUGUCGCGCUACAUCCUCAAGCCUUUCUACACCAAUGUCGUCAUCAAGCUGUUCCCGAUGAGCAUGGCCCCGAACCUGAUUACGCUGACGGGCUUCAUGUUUGUCGUAGCCAACUUUCUGACCCUGCUCUGGUAUAACCCCGGCUUGGACCAGGACUGUCCCGCUUGGGUCUACUACAGCUGGGCUUUGGGUCUGCUUCUGUACCAGACCUUUGACGCGGUUGAUGGUACACAAGCCCGUCGCACUCGCCAAUCCGGACCCCUUGGCGAGCUCUUCGACCACGGAGUCGACGCCCUCAACACGGCGCUCGAGGUCAUAAUCUUCGCAGCCGCGACCAACAUGGGCCAGAGCUGGAAGACCGUCGCCAGCCUCGGCGCCAGCCUCUUCACCUUCUACAUCCAGACCUGGGAAGAAUACCAUACCAAAACCCUGACCCUGGGCAUCAUCAACGGCCCUGUUGAGGGUAUCCUCGCCGUUGUCGGCAUCUACGCCCUGACCGGUUACCUCGGCGGCGCCUCCUUUUGGCAGCGCCCCAUGCUCCCCACCCUCGGCAUCCCCCAGGCCCUCCCCGGCAGCAUCAUCAUUCCCUCCCGACUCUACAACCUCUCCUUCACGGACUGGUACAUGGUACAGGGCGCGGUUGUCCUCGUCUUCAAUACCGUGCAAGCGGCGCACAACGUCAUCCGCGCGCGCCGUGCUCGCGGCGAUCGCUCGCGGCAUGCGCUCCUGGGUCUCAUCCCCUUCUGGGCCACGUGGGCAUUUAUCGUCGCUUACCUUGCUCUCCAGCCUACGAUUCUGUACAAUCACCUCGUGCCGUUUGCCGUCUUUGCCGGCCUUAUCAAUGCCUAUUCCGUUGGGCAGAUGAUCACGGCGCACUUGGCCAAGCUGCCCUUUCCGUACUGGAACGUCAUGGUCGUGCCACUGGCGUGCGCGGUAAUUGAUUCCAUGGGGCCGGUGCUGCAGAAACAUAGCCCUAUUCCGGGCCUGGGCUGGCCCUCGGCGCUUGGGGAUGGGGUUUAUCAGGUCGCGGCGAUGUUUUGCAUGCUGGGGAUUGCGAUUGGUGUCUAUGGCAGUUUCGUGGUAGAUGUUAUCGUUACUAUCUGCGACUACCUGGAUAUUUGGUGCCUGACGAUCAAGCAUCCUUACGUCGAGGUCAGUCAAGCGAACGGCAAUGCAGUUAAGGCUAAUGGCCAUGCCGUUAAGGCAAACGGCCAUGCUGUCAAGGCUAACGGCAAUGCUGGCAAGGGGAAGAAGGCGAACGGCAAUGCGGUUAAGGCCAAUGGCGUGAAGAAGUAUCAGUGA